GCUGUCUUUGCCCCGCCCGGCCUCUAAUUAGUCACCUAUCCUAGCUGUAACUACGGAGCUGCCGCUUCGGAUUGACGGGGCGCUUGCCUGUUGCCAUGGCCGCUGUUGUCUGUGUUAAGGUGGCUGCAACAGUCGUGUGGGAUGUGUCAGUGGGAGCCGCUCUAACCCCAGUGCGCUCCCUUUGAGGAAGUCUGAGGAAACUUACGCAGCAUUGCUUCACUCAGAUCACUCUUGGUUUUCACAAGUCCCUUUACUUGUGCUGCUAAGAAGCAAGGAGUCCUGAAAUGUAGGAUGGAGGAUCCACAAAGUUUCCCCUAUAGAACGACGGGUUCUUUAUUUUUAUAUCCUGUCAGCGAAUUUUUUGGAGUCCCUUUGGACCAGGUGAAUUUCUUGGCAUGCCAGCUGUUUGCACUUUUGGCAGCGUUUUGGUUCCGCUUGUACCUCCAUCCAAAAAAUGUCAGCACUACAGUCCGUCAUGCUGUUGCCAUUCUCCUUGGUAUCUUUUUUGUUAUAUUCUGUUUUGGUUGGUAUUCAGCACACAUUUUUAUACUGGUGUUCAGCUGCUACUAUAUCAUGGUUAAAGCAAAUAAUCACAAUGUUCACAGGUAUUCAUUGAUUGUGGCAAUGGGCUACCUCACGUUAUGCCAGGUCAGCAGAGUUUAUAUUUUUAGCUAUGGCAUCCUGUCCACAGACUUUUCUGGGCCACUGAUGAUAAUAACACAGAAGAUCACUACACUUGCUUUUCAGCUACAUGAUGGUCUGUGCCGAAAGGCAGAGCAACUCACAACAGAGCAGAGGCGACUUGCUGUUAAUUCAAAGCCCCACCUGUUGGAGUACCUCAGCUAUCAGCUAAAUUUCCUGAGCAUCCUGGUUGGACCUUGCAGUAACUACAAAGAUUACAUUGAGUUCAUUGAAGGAACACAUGUGUAUAAAAGGUUAUCAAUGGGAACCUCAAUGGAAAACAACAUCAAUGAGAAGCAAAAUGUCUAUGGCACAGUUCCAGAGCCUUCACCUGUAGGGGCUGUCAUUAAGAAGCUGCUGCUGUCUAUUGGUUGCUUAAUUCUGUUCCUGAGUCUCACCAAAGCCUUACCAAUAUCUUAUAAUAUUGAUAGUCAGUUCAUCAAUGAGGCAUCCUUUUUAGCAAGACUGACUUAUGCUUUUUUUUCAAUACAAGCAGCAAGACCAAAGUUUUACUUUGCGUGGACAUUAGCUGAUGCUAUUAGCAAUGCUGCUGGCUAUGGGUUCAGUGGUGUUGAUAAAGAUGGCAACUUUUCAUGGGAUCUCAUUUCCAACUUAAACAUCUGGAAAAUUGAGACAGCAACAAGUUUCAAAAUGUUCAUUGAUAACUGGAAUAUACAAACAGGUGCCUGGUUAAAGCGUGUGUGCUAUGAUCGGGCCCCAUAUUAUCCCACAGCUUUAACCUUUGUGUUGUCUGCCUUAUGGCACGGUGUAUACCCUGGAUAUUACUUCACCUUCAUCACUGCCAUUCCCAUUACCAUUGCCGCAAAAGCAGUGCGUAAAAACUUUAGGCAUUACUUCCUUUCCUCAUGGACUAUCAAGAUUAUGUAUGACAUACUCACUUGGGCAGUAACCCAGCUGGCAGUCUGUUACACUGUAAUGCCAUUUCUAUUGCUGGCAGUGGAGCCUACACUUACAUUCUACAAGUCAAUGUACUUUCACUUUCAUAUCAUACCUAGCCUUAUAGUACUGAUUUUGCCCAUCAAACACAGAAGUCACAUGGAGCAGAAGUCACAUCCUUCUCACAUUUCUAAUAACAACAUCAAAUACAAUUGAUGCGUUCACCUAAAAAUGGGCAGAAGGUACAGUAUCCUUGCAAAUGAUGGCCAAGGUAAUUGUACGCAAAGUGGACAUUUAGAGGACUUAUAUUGGUGGUAUGGUAGUGAUGUGCCAGGGAUCUAUCCACACUUCUGUUCUGUCUAUUCAGCUAACAGACUGAGCUGGAAGUUGAGGAUCUGAAAUGAACAGGAGAAGAGAAAUCAAGCCUCUAUUUGUGGGUCAAAACCAUUAAAUACUAUGCAGUUAAAACAAUGAAUAUUAUUUUAAAAUCAGUUCUAUACCAAAAUGUACAAUAAGACCUAUGUGUCUGGCAGGGAAAAGUGUUUACAAACUAAAUGUGUAUUAGGAGGUAUGUCAGCAGCAGCAACCAUAAAAGGUCUUUGUGUAUGCAUGGUGCAUGGUGCUCUCCAGGGUUUGUUCUGUGUCAGUUGUGCAUUUUAACUUGAGAUCAGAUGGAUUGAAAACUCCAGCCACAGAAUACAUGAGUUAUCUUUAACUAAGUGCUCUACAACAGAAGAUACCAUUUUUAGUUCAUCUUAGUGGUGAUUUCUUAAAAAGAGCCGUAUCAAUGCAUUGAAAUACACGAGUGUUCCCAAUGUAUUCCUUAAAAUGGCUGGUGAUUUUUGGAACUGUUAUCAGCAUUCCCAGUGUAAGCCAACAGUUGAACAUUUGUAUGAGUAAAAGGCAUUUUACUACUUUAACUGAUUCUGUUGCUUGUAAAUGCUCGCAAUGACACAAAAUUUCCUAACUUUGCCUGCAUAAAUGUCUAAAUAAAAAGUGAAUUAAAGUUAUAAUAAACAUCUAUCUCUAUGAAUGUGUUCUAAAAUCACUGAUGUAAUAACAUUUUUACUGUAUUGUGUUUACAGUAUUUUAAUAUAAUCUGAAUUUUAAUAACUUAGUGUGUGGUUUUCAUUCCUCAGUUUCGAAUGUCAUGGAAAGUUCAUAGUUGCAGCUGUUUUUUGUAUUUGAAAUAUAGUUUGUUUUCAGAUCUUAGAGUUAAGCUUAUAAGGACAAAGUUGGAUCCCCACUGUUCAUCCAAAAUCAUACUGAAUCUGUCAGCUGAACAGUCUGUCAGAUGGGAAGCUAAAGGGUUGAAUAAGAUGGUCUCUUCUGUGGCAUAUUCAGUUACUGUGCUGUAAGUGUCAAAUUGGAAUGUUUUCAAUAUCAAUUAAUGUUUAUUGGGAUUUACAUAAGGUUUGCAUUGGGCAUUUGGAAAUCCACAUCAUUUACAUUAAUAUUGAUGUUGUAUUAUAUGUUUUUUAUAUGAAAUGUGUUUUCUGCUCUGGUUAUUUUUCACAAACUUACUGGUAUUUUUUCUUGAGUCUGUAUUACCCAUUUCAGACUAUGUAAUAGUACGCUAUUGAUACAGUAUAUGAUAUGCAUCCAUAUACAGUAUGUUGCAAAAAAGUCUAUAAGCCCUCUUUCCUCUUUUAUGUGCACAAAAUUCAUGCUGAUAUUAUUAACACUUAAAUAUAUGAAUAUGUCCUGUAUGUACUGCAUUUGAUACUUUUGUCAGCAGUUAUAACCUUCAAUUACAACUGCUGUGUAAACUAUGUGCAUUUGAAAGUGUUAAGUAAUUUAUGAAUGUCAAAUUGCUGAUUGUUCAAAAACAUUUCAACAGAAUGUGCUUUUCCGAAUCACACACCUUUUUCAUGAAACAAUAUCUCAAUAAAGUUGAAAAAUAAAAAAUA